ACGGAUGGAGGCGGUCCCAGUGAUCGCGCGCACUCAAAAAGGGCCCCGCUGGUUCACGCGAGGAUAGGGACCGUCCUGGGCUGAACUCGACGUUACAAAUAAAGAGCUGCGGUAUUCCAAGUGGAGCAGAGAGCAGGUGAGCGUAACGUGAGGUAACAGCGCCCAGUGGACCCGCAGUGGCUUAAACCCCGGAGAGAGAGAGAGGAAGAAAGGAAGGAAGAAAGGAAGGAAGGCGCUUCUUCCUGCGACCCGACGGAGAGACGUUGUCUGCGGACUCUUGAUCCUUCUACAGGUGGCCCCGUUGCUGCGUCCCCAGAGAGUCCCGCUCAGUGGUUUUCGCUGCAUCAACAGGCGUGAUGUUUGAAGAAGAGUCCCAGCAGGAGAUGGACCCGCAGGAUGCAGCCGUGCUCCACACUCUUGAGUCGCCCGUGAGUCCCGGUGGAGCGGGAGGAGGAAGAAGAGGAGGGACUCUGUCCUUCACAGACGAAGCAGUGUCCAUCCUGACCUCCAGCAGCAUGUUGGCGCGCUCCCUGCUGGUCCGCGGAGCGGCCGUCAAGCGCAAAGAGAGCCCCUCCUCCAGCGUCCGCCGUAAGCGAGAGUUCAUCCCCGUGGACAAGAAGGACGAGGGCUACUGGGACAAGAGGAGGAAGAACAACGAGGCCGCAAAGCGCUCGCGGGAGAAGCGGCGAGUGAACGACAUGGUGCUGGAGGGCCGCGUGGUGGCUCUGCUGGAGGAGAACGCUCGCCUGAGGGCCGAGCUGCUGGCCCUCAAGUUCCGCUUCGGGCUGGUCAAGGACUCCUCCAGCGCCCCCAUGCUGCCCGUCGCCGCAGCUCCCGCCCCCCCAACCCUGACCCCCCACUAUUAUCUGCACAGGGGCGAGGGAGGCCUCCCCAGCUCCUCGGCCCCCCACGGCAACGGCCAGGCAGGCCGGAGCUCCAGGGAUGCCGCGAACAUGUCAGAGGACUCCGGGUUCUCCACGCCGGACGGGUCCAGCGUGGGCAGCCCGAUCUUCUUUGAGGACCGGCUGAGCGAUCACGGGAAAUUCUCCCCGCACCGAGCGGAGGAGCUGGGCGCCGACCUGCACUACUCCCCCGUUAUCGUCCAACACAGAUCGGGAGCCGCCUCAGCCAGGUGGGACCAGGGCGAGUUCAUUAAGAACCUCCCCCAUAAGCUCCGUUUCAAGACCCCCGGCUGCGGGGAGGCGUUCGAUGCCGCGGGGGACCGGCGGAGCCCCCAAAGGGAGGACCCCAAAGGCCCGAGUGGCAGCGAACCGGCAUCAGGGCACUGCGCCGGCUCCUGGCUCGAGCAGCUGGAGGGCGAGGAAGUCCAGAGGGGGAGACCGUCCCCUCCCCAGUGCAAGGCCUCGGCCGCCGGACUCCAGCCGAGCGCGGUCCAGUACAAGCACGAGAACACUCACCUCAAGUCGCAGCUCAACUCUCUGAGCGAGGAGGUGGCGCAGCUGAAGAGGCUUUUCACAGAGCAGCUCAUGGCCAAGGUCAACUGAGGGCGCCCCCCCCCCCGGACUGAUUACGCGUUUAAAAGAACAUUUAACAAUGUCUCGUCUUUUUUUAUUUCGAAUGUUGUGCUAUAUUGUAAUAAAUGUCUCAUGCCAUAACCCAGCUGUUUAACAGGGCGUGUUCUCCGAAGUAGCGUGUGAUAGUUCUCUAUCUCCCACACACUGUGACCACAACGCUGUUUACAUCACGUCAUUGCGAUGCUAAUGUUUGCAGUCUUUCUGUAUACAUUUUCAUAUUAAGAAUUAAAAAAAUACAUUACA